AUGCUGAGGAGCACGGGAAAAAAAGCCACCAUAGCCGCGUCAGAAAAGGCAAAGGAGAAGAACAAAAUUUAUAACAGACGAAUAGAUAAGGAAAUAAAAAAUUUGAAGCAGUCAAAACUUCUAGAUGAUAAAAAUGUGUACAUCACGGUUAAUCAAGACAACGAGGAGGAAGAAAAUAAUGACCAAGUUGUCUUUGGGAAUAGAUUGGACAACACGAACAGGAAUACAUAUUUGCUCCUACUAGAAACUUUUAGUGAUCAAUAUUUUCAAAGUGAGAAUUUUUUUGUGAGUAAUUUUAUGAAUCAUAUAAAAAUUGUAAAAGAAAAGAUAAAGGGUGGGGCUUGCCUCACAAAUGAUCAUGGGAAUAACAACCCCUCCGUCCUCGGACAAUUGGACAAGUACGGAGAAUAUAAAAAUACUCUGUGUCCAUUUUUUGGUAUGUACGAGACACUAUGUUUGGAGAGCAUUUUCGAAAGCUUCCAAAACUUUUUAAGCGAAAUUUGUUUUUUUAUGCAAAUUUUUGAAACAUUUAAAAGUGGCUUCAUGAGGGAGCAGUGCAUCUUCGGAGGGAUGACUGAAGAAGAUGGGGCAGAGGAGAAUAUCCCAUCGGAAGGGCAUAAGAACAGUGAAUUUUCCUUCUUCACCAACACCUUCUUCGAAAUUAUAUACAAAGAUUUCACUACCCAUUUGCAAACUAUUCAAAGAGAGGUAAUAAUUAAGUUACAAAAGGAUGAAGCAUACGAAGACAAAUCCUUUUAUGAGAUUUUUUCUCAGUUUUUCCAUAAGUACUAUAGAAUAAAAGAAAGUGUUGUUUUUUCAUUUUUCAUUUUUGAGGACUACCCGUUUAGCAAGCCAUACGUCAAUAUAGAAAAUCUACCAUUUUGCUUUUUUAAAAAAAAAACACACAAAAAAUUGAAGGGGGAUAAAUAUAAUCAGAAAAAUAUACUCAACAUUUUACUUCACCAAAGUAAUAAUGUGUGGAUCCCAAAAAUUACCAUCGGAAAUUUAUUCGAAGAGUGCCAAAAGCUUGUUCAUGUAAUAUUUUUUUUUUAUCAAUACAAAGUUUACCUUUUUUAUUAUUACUUGAUGAAACAUAAAAUAUUUGCACUCUUUCUCAAAAGCAACUGCAAGGUCAACUUGGAGACCUACCCCCUUGUCUAUGCCUACGUAGCAGGUGUAGAUAAAAAGCUAGUUGCACAAAAAACAAAAAAAAAAAAAAAUUAUUCCAAUUUAAUGUACAGCAUGGAUAACUGUGAAUGCAUUAAUCAAGAUUUCCUUUUGUAUAAAUUUUUUUACAAUUAUAAAAAGAUAAAAAGCAGUUUGGCUAGCCAUGGUCUACAUGAUAAAGGAAAGACUACUGCCCUUACAGGACACCUAAUGCAGAUGAAAAAAAAACGAUAUAAGUAUUAUAUAUAUUUGUUUUUCUUGUUUUUUCUUUUUUUUCUUCCCCUAUUUAUUAAAAAUGUGUUCAUAUACCAGACGGAGGAAAUUCAGCACUAUCUUCAGAAUGCGGGGAACAGCGGUUUUGUGUACUUUGAAAAUGUUGCUAGUGACACCCAAGCGUUAGGAAAUCACCCGCUGUUUUGGGUUUACAUGGGAGGAAUAAAGAGGGUGAGUUCCGCUUGGAUGGGUGACGAUGUAAAGGAGGAGCAUCCUGCAAGUGAAGGGGAUGCACACACAGUAGGUGGACAGACACACAAGGAAGAAGCAAGCAUACCGGGGGAAGGGCAAGAAGGAAGGGUGACAAGCUCUGCGGCAAGUACACCACACCAUGGUGAAAAAAGUAAUAGAAUGAACACAGAUGUGAAGAGCGCGCAGAACAAGGGGAAAAGCGGCGACCCCCCAAAGGUCCUAAUCACCAUCCUGCUAGCCAUCUCUGAGUUUUUCCUCUUCACAUUGGGGGUUAUCUACAAUUUGCGCCUCCUAAAGAAAAGGAUAGAACACAACAACUUGGUGUUAAAUAUUUGUUCAGCCAUGCUAAUCCUGUACAGCCCAAUUUUUAUUUCCAAGAAUACCAAUUACGUAACGACCCUAUCCCUGGGUUUGCUAUUCUGGGCCAUCAAUCUCAUUUUGCAGAAAAAAAUGUACAUGUCCAUUUGUGUGUAUUUUAUAUCCAUAUAUUUUGAUUUACGUAAUUUGAGUUUUUUCGUCCCCUUUCUUUUUAUAUAUGUGUACAUCAGCAGCAUGUAUGUCAGGAGAAAGGGCAACAAAGUGAAGACCUCACUUAAGAAUUGGUGCCACGUUCUCAGGUAUGUAUUUGUUUAUGUCCUAUCAUAUGGUUUAAUCACAUAUAUUUUAUUUUAUAUUUUUUCUGGUGACCAAAUUGGAUGGGUGGGUACCGCGAAACGGUGUGUACAUUUUCUGGGUGCCCAUUUGGAACGCGCGGGAGAGGCCAUUGCCGGAAGAAGCUACAUCACGUCGUCUACUCGAGCAACAACCGGACACAAUGGAAGUAUACACACGGGAAGAUUUGUGAACGGAGGGAAUAUCCUCAUCGUUGGGAAUUCUUACCGUACGCAGAUUUUUUUCCUGUCCUUCAUACCCCACAUAUUGAGCGUCCUCAUUAAUUAUCUCCUUGUCGUGAAUAGCAUACCUAAGCUGUACGUGUCCCUGGUAGUUUCAUGCAUCAUGUUUUUCUUUACCUCCUGGGGGGACUCUAAUUCGUGUGAUUAUUUCCUAACCCUGUUGCUAAUUUUGCAGUUCCUUUUUAUCAACGUUGUUCGGAGCUCAAGUACCUUGUUCAAUGUGCUCAUUUCAUCCUUCAUAGUUUUAACGAGUGAUAGUUUUAAUGUGUGUUUGUUUUGUUUAUUCAUUUUUUAUUUUGCUGUUCAUAUUUAUUUAAUGUUUCCUUGGGUUAAUUUUCUUCCCAAUGUUAAUUAUCAUUUUCGUGUUUGCUUUCAUUUGUUGAGUCAAGUGUACAGGUACUGUGUGUGUAACUUGCUUCAUGUGUAUGAGACCAGUAUAAAAAAUGUUGCCCUCUCUUUUGUUGUGAUUCUUUUCCCUCACUCUUCAUCUGUUACCGAGCCACUGCAUGAGAAGAACACUCGGUACAUAAUUCAGCGGAAGGACAUCCAACGGAAGAUUAUUUUUUGUUUGUGUUCCCAUUUGUCUCGCGACAUUUUGCACCUGCCCCUGACGUCUUUCUCCCUGGCGCUGUUUCUGCUGCUUGGCUUUCUGCGGCUACACUUUCCCCAGAGGUCCCCCCGAAUUGCCCUCUGCACAUUGAAGUGUUUGGUCGUCACCACCUUGCUCACAAUACUUGUCUUACUCUACACAAAGCGGAAGCAGUUUAGAAAGCUGGACUUCCUGAGCAUCCCUCACUCUGCUGGCAAGAGGGCGUUCCCGCUGGAGCGACCCAAGAAGUUAUGA